CAGCAGCAACAGCAGCAACGGCAACGGCAACUAAGUGCAACAACAGAAAUUAGGCAACAGCAAGAAGAAACCGUCGAAGCAGAAGCAGCAGAAGACUCUGCCUGGCCAGAGUCAGAGUGAGGCAGGCAACAAUAAGGGGCAACAGCAGCAAGCAAGCCAGCAACAACAAAGGGGGCAAGCAACAUUGAACAGGCGGCUGCAAAAUGCGCCACGGCUUAAAGUUGAGCUGCCUUUGGCCAAGCUUUUUAUUAUGGCUAACAUGGAGCCAACGCAGCACCAGCAGCAGCAGCCACAGCAGCAGUAGAGGUGGUGGAGGAGGAGGAGGAGGUGGUGGCAUUGGAGGAGCCAGCGCACAGCCAUCAUUAACCGAGAAAAUCCCAUUAGGUGCUAUCUUUGAGCAGGGUACGGAUGAGGUGCAGUCGGCCUUCAAGUAUGCGAUGCUCAAUCACAAUCUGAAUGUCUCCUCGCGAAGAUUCGAGCUGCAGGCCUAUGUGGAUGUCAUUAAUACAGCGGAUGCCUUCAAACUAUCGCGAUUGAUUUGCAAUCAAUUCUCGAGGGGUGUCUACUCCAUGCUGGGCGCCGUCUCCCCCGACUCCUUUGAUACCCUGCAUUCCUAUUCGAACACCUUUCAGAUGCCCUUCGUGACGCCCUGGUUCCCAGAGAAGGUGCUUACGCCAUCGUCUGGCUUUCUCGACUUUGCCCUCAGCAUGCGACCGGAUUAUCAUCAGGCAAUCAUUGAUACCAUACAAUUUUAUGGCUGGCGCAAGAUAAUUUAUCUAUACGAUUCACACGAUGGUCUCCUGCGCCUGCAGCAAAUCUAUCAGGGCCUGAAACCCGGCAACGAGUCCUUUCAAGUGGAGCUGGUCAAGCGCAUCUCCAAUGUCAGCAUGGCCAUCGAGUUCCUGCACACGCUGGAGCAAAUCGGACGCUUCACCAGCAAGCACAUCGUCCUCGACUGUCCCACGGAAAUGGCCAAACAAAUACUCAUCCAGCAUGUGCGCGAUUUGCGACUGGGACGUCGCACCUAUCACUAUUUGCUGAGUGGUUUGGUCAUGGACGAUCGCUGGGAGAGUGAGAUAAUCGAAUUUGGGGCCAUUAACAUUACAGGCUUUCGCAUUGUGGAUACCAAUCGGCGGCUGGUGCGCGAAUUCUAUGACAGUUGGAAGCGACUGGACCCACAGAUGAGUGUGGGGGCUGGCCGUGAAUCGAUUUCGGCCCAGGCAGCUCUCAUGUAUGAUGCUGUGUUCGUUCUGGUCGAGGCGUUCAAUAAAAUCCUGCGCAAGAAGCCGGAUCAAUUCAGGAACAAUGUGCAGCAGCGUCGCAGCCAGAAUCUAAUGGUGGCCCAGGCGGCUGCUUCGACGUCCAACGAUGGCUACAGCAACUACAACAAUGCCAAUGCCAGUGCCCACAGCGGUGGCGGUGGCGGUGGUGGCGGUGCUGCUGGUGGCAUCGAUUCUGGAUCCAAUGGCGCCUCCUCGUCGUCGCGAGCACUGGACUGUAACACGGCCAAGGGCUGGGUAAAUGCCUGGGAGCAUGGCGAUAAAAUAUCGCGUUAUUUGAGAAAGGUGGAAAUCGAGGGCCUUACCGGUGACAUCAAAUUCAAUGAUGACGGCAGACGCAUAAAUUACACGCUGCAUGUUGUCGAGAUGACUGUAAACAGUGCCAUGGUAAAAGUGGCCGAGUGGAAUGACGAUGCUGGGCUGCAGCCGCUGAAUGCCAAGUAUGUGCGUUUGCGUCCGCAUGUGGAGUUUGAGAAGAAUCGCACAUACAUAGUGACCACUGUGCUGGAGGAGCCGUACAUAAUGCUGAAGCAGGCGGCCUUUGGCGAGAAGUUGCACGGCAAUGAGCGCUUUGAGGGCUAUUGCAAGGAUCUCGCCGAGCUGCUCUCCAAGGAAUUGGGCAUUAAUUAUGAACUCCGUUUGGUCAAGGAUGGCAAUUACGGUUCAGAGAAGUCAAAGACCCACGACGGAUGGGAUGGCAUGGUGGGGGAGCUGGUGCGCAAGGAAGCGGAUAUUGCGAUUGCCGCCAUGACGAUUACCGCCGAACGCGAACGUGUCAUCGACUUUAGCAAGCCGUUCAUGUCGCUGGGCAUUUCCAUCAUGAUUAAGAAGCCAGUGAAGCAGACGCCCGGAGUGUUCAGCUUCAUGAAUCCUUUAUCACAGGAAAUUUGGGUGAGCGUCAUCUUCAGCUACAUUGGAGUGAGCAUCGUGCUGUUCUUUGUGUCACGCUUCUCGCCACAUGAAUGGCGUCUCGUGCAACAGCAGCCGCAACAAUCACAGUCGCCAGAUCCGCAUGCACAUCACGAACAACUUGCCAAUCAGCAGCCGCCCGGCAUCAUUGGAGGUGCAACCGGUCCGAUGCCAGUGCCAGCAAUGCCACCCGGCCCGCCCACACCUGGGGCCCAGUCGGCAGCCGGUGCCGCUGCCCUGCAGGCGGCCCUCUCCGCAUCCGCAGCUGCAUCCGUUUCGGUGACCGGCGUGUCGUCGGCAGUGAAUGAGUUCAGCAUUUGGAACAGCUUCUGGUUCUCAUUGGCCGCCUUCAUGCAGCAGGGAUGCGAUCUGUCGCCCCGUUCCGUUUCGGGGCGGAUUGCGGCCGCCUCCUGGUUCUUCUUCACCUUGAUACUCAUCUCCUCGUACACGGCCAAUCUGGCGGCAUUCCUCACCGUCGAGCGCAUGGUGACGCCGAUCAAUUCGGCCGAGGACCUGGCCAUGCAAACGGAGGUCCAAUAUGGCACUCUGUUGCAUGGCUCCACCUGGGAUUUCUUUAGGCGCUCCCAAAUCGCACUACACAACAAAAUGUGGGAAUAUAUGAACUCCCGGCCGAACGUCUUUGUGCAUACCUACGACGAGGGUAUCAGACGCGUGCGCACCUCCAAGGGCAAGUACGCCUUGCUGGUGGAGUCACCCAAAAACGAAUAUGUAAACGCCAGGGAGCCGUGCGACACAAUGAAAGUGGGCCGCAAUCUGGAUACAAAAGGAUUUGGCAUUGCCACGCCGCUCGGCUCUGCCCUCAAGGAUCCCAUCAAUCUGGCCGUGCUCACGCUCAAGGAGAACGGAGAGCUGAUCAAGUUGCGCAACAAAUGGUGGUACGACAAAACGGAAUGCAAGACGGACGGCCAGGAGGCAUCGCACAAUGAACUCUCGCUGAGCAAUGUGGCCGGAAUAUUCUACAUAUUGAUUGGCGGCCUACUCGUCUCUGUGCUGGUGGCCAUUCUCGAGUUCUGUUUCCGUCGAAAGGAUGGCCGUUCAGCGGGUAGCGGUGGCUCCAACGGGCAUGGUCCUAUGGGCACCCUGGGCAGUGCCAUGGGCGGUGGCAGCCUGGGCAAGGCCAAUGGCUCUAUGAUGCUCCAUGGACAGAAUAGCGCUGGAGUGCCGGGCGUAAUGCCGCCGUCCACACAUCAAAGGAGCUCCCUGACGGACACAAUGCAUUCGAAGGCGAAAUUGACUAUCCAAGCGAGCCGCGACUAUGACAAUGGACGAGUUGGGUAUCUCAAUUGCGCCUCGUUGCAGUACUAUCCACCCGCCCAGCUGUCAUCGAACCCUGGCGCCGAUGGCGUCGAGUCCCUGCACAUGAAUGCCCAUGGCCAGGUCUGA